AUGUCUACUUUUCCCAAGCGCAGGCGAUUGUCGUGCCCGACAGCUGCUGCAGCAGGGCCGAUACCGACGUUCACGCCGUCCAUCACUUCAUCGCACCUGGCAACUGGCACCAUCGAGGCGUGUGCUGACAGCCACGGUUCGCAUUAUGUCAGCUACUAUGUACCUGACUACGUACCUGGGUUGCGCCUCUCUGCCCUCUGUUCUAUUCGGCCUCCUCGUUUUCCCUUGGAGGUUUCCAAGCAGCGGUUUGAAGAGCUACUGGAAUCAGAGGUGGUCCACUUUGCUCGAGCGCUGCGGCCCCACCCGAUGACCCUUCAGCAGAUCCUCCACUUGCAAGAUGCCAAGAGCCUGCGCGAGUUUCUUCUGGAGGAAUUGCCCAUACGGGUCGCCCGCCGAGUCCAGCUCAUUGAGUCACUGCCGCGCUGGAGUGACUUUCCACACAUGCGAGUGAUUCGUUCCUUGUACUUCGAUGCUUUUCGCAAGCUUCGUGCAGUGCCUCCAGAAGAAGAGGAACGCUUCAGAAGCGUGCUGCAAGAGAUCAAGCGACGAAACGCCAACAUGCUGUUUCACGUUAUGAGGGGAGUCCGCACAAUGCGUACGAAAGACGCGCUCACAGAGGAGCAGGUUAACAAGUUCCUGGACGAGUUCCUCACCGCUCGGAUAGGUACUGACAUCCUGUCCUCGCAGUACCUGGCAAUGACCAGGCAGGGAAAGAACAAAACCUGA